AGCUCCGAAUGUCCUGGCUCAUCCGUGGAGUGUUGCAGGGAAAUGUCUCCUUGGUGCUGGUGGAGAACAAAACCGGGAAGGAACAAAGCAGAAUGAUCUGGCACGUUGCUCCCACGGAAGGCUUGAGCCUGUGGCAGUGGACGGCGCUGCCUCUCCUUGAUGUGGCCGACAGGUUCUGGUUGCAGAUCGUUGCCUGGUGGGAACAAGGAUCCAGAGCCACCGUGGCUUUCAACAAUAUCUCCAUCAGCCUGGACUGCUACCUCACCAUUGGUGGGGAGGACAAGAUGCUGCAGAAUACGGCACCCAAGUCAAGAAAUCUGUUUGAGGGAAACCCAAACAAGGAGACAAAACCCUGGGAAAGCACACCAAAAGAGAACCCCAUCUUUGACCCUACAGGUAAGGGUUCAACUUACAUAUCUGAGCAAAGUGAUCUUAUGUCGCAAAAGGUAGAAGAAAGAUAUGUGCUGUGA